AUGAAACUGGUGGUAAAAAUUGUGAACAAGAUUAGAGCUCAAGCGUUACAAAGAAGAUUAUUCAGAACCUUGGCCAAUGAGGUUGACUGUCAAUACGGGGACCUACUCCUUCACUCUGAAGUCCGAUGGUUAAGUAGAGGACGGUUGCUGAAACGUUUUAAUGAUGUCCUAUCUGGCAUAGUUCAAUUUUUCAAACAACCCGAUGAACCGACUCCGGAAUUAGAAAAUUCAAUCUGGCUUAGAGAUUUUGGUUUUCUCGUGGACAUUACAGAGAAAUUAAACGAACUUAAUUUGCAGCUCCAGGGGAGAGACAAAGAACUAGCGGAAAUGAUUUCUGAUAUAAAAGCAUUUAUCAAAAAGCUGGAGUUUUGGGAACAAAACGUAAUUAACAGCGAUUCCAAGCAUUUUCCUAUUCUUUCAGAAAAAAUAUCUCAAAAUCCAUUAGAACCCCAUGACAACAAAUAUCAUGUAGAAGUAAUUGCUACCCUGAAGAGUAACUUCAAAAGUCGUUUUAAGAAUUACAAUGAAAUGGCUUUAGUAGCGCAGUUUGUUGUUUCACCCUUUAUGGGAAUUGAUAUCCAGCAGUUUGCAGCGUGUGUUAUGCAGAACUAUGGCGAAGACAUCGCUGCAACAGAAAUGGAAGUUGUUUGUUCAUACGUACGGGUAAUAACAAACCAUCUUUGGAAUACCAUCCCCAAUCUGUUGCUCUGA